CUAGAACAGGUAGAUUUCGUCUGAACGAGUGACAUUACUUCAUCGACUUUAUCUUAAUCUUGGAUACAGGUUGAGUAUGAUGAAGCAAAGAAAGAAGCAUUGUAAGUGCCUCAUUUCUCUUCAUUUCUAUGAAUGACAGUUGUUAGCUACAGGGUUGCCGAUAAAUACCUAGCAUCAGCUCCGCAAACUCCGCAGCGGGCAGAUUAUCAGCUCUUGCCUCUGACUCCGAUGGAUCAACCUCAGGCAAAUGCUAAUCUCGAUUUCUCACAACAUUUGCUGGGCAGCAACACGAUCUCGCCUGCUAUGCCUAUCCUCGGCGACCAAUGCCAGGUUCUUCCCCGAACACCCAACGGCAACAGCAACUCGGGAUACAUGCGUUAUUCCCUCUCGCCUUCUACUGCAGUGAUCCUGGACCUCUCGAGCCCUGUGAGGGAACCGCACAAGGGAGAGGAAAAAUUUGAGACGAAUGUGAAGGAGGACAGAGCAGAUGAAAAGAAAACAGAAAAAGAGAAGAAAGAUGCGAUGGUACACUUGGAGCUGAUUGCUGUGAAAUAAGGAGAGCAAGGGAGAGAGUUGAUCUAGAAGACUCUUGUGAACCUUCGUAAGACUCUCUCGCUGAGACUAUCGAUAUUUUGUAUUGUACGACUAAUAACCACACGGGGCAACUCAAAUCUUUGUGAUUAAAUUGAUAUUUCAAG